AGGAUCGCACACUGGAAUAGCUACGUUUAUCCAGACCAAUGGCGAUGGCAAUGCGUUGCUCUUGCUUCCUUUCCCGCCCGAAUUCCCCGCGAUCUCCUCCCUCUGAUCAAUUAUUGAGGAAAGUCCAUGUUUCCGGGAAAAUACCUCAUAUUUCACUUCAUGUGAACAAUUUUGUUACGUUUUGUGAAGACAGCAUUGUCAAACCACUUGGGAUGCAGAACUUUUUGCCGGUUCUAAAAUGUCAGGGAAAUAUUGAGAUGAGAUCUCCAGUUUUGGCGUUUCUUUUAGCUAAUGUAUUUACAUUUUCCGCACCAUUGAAAGCUAUGGCUGAAACUUGCGAGGCUGAAAAUUCUGCUUUCAACAUGCCAAUACUUCUUUCUGUCGCCCUUGUAGGGGCUACUGUUGGAGGGUUACUUGCUCGGCAAAGAAGGGGAGAGUUGAAGCGAUUGAAUGAACAACUUCGCCAGAUUAAUGCAGCACUAAGAAGGCAAGCAAAAAUUGAGUCUUAUGCUCCCACCUUAAGUUAUUCUCCAGUUGGUGGAAGAAUACUUGAGAGCGAAGUUAUUGUUGAUCCAAGGAAGGAGGAGUUGAUCUCGCGAUUGAAGUCUGGAAAGAACUUUUUGAGAAAUCAAGACCCAGAGAAGGCGUUUGUGGAGUUUAAGACUGCUCUUGAGCUUGCUCAGGUUCUACAGGAUCCGACUGAGGAGAAGAAGGCUGCAAGGGGUUUAGGGGCUUCACUGCAGAGGCAGGGAAAGUACCGAGAAGCAAUCAAAUACCAUUCAUUGGUGUUGGCAAUCUCUGAACGAGAAGGAGAACAAUCAGGAAACACUGAAGCUUUUGGAGCAAUUGCUGAUUGCUACACUGAACUUGGGGAUCUUGAGAAAGCUGCCUACUAUUAUGAUAAGUACAUAGCGAGGCUGGAAACAGACUGAUCUAUUUGCAAUCACCGGUGGUUUUUGUUCCUUCAUAAUGUAGCCAAGUACUUAGUUUUCGUGAAUGGUUGAUAGAUGUUGAGUUGAGAAUAAUUGCAGAAUCGCAUCAUUCUCUGUGUUUAUUCUAUCUGAAUUCCGAAAUAUUACUUUCGAGCC